AUGGAUCGUCGUUAUUUUACCCAUGUCAAUCUACAAUCAGGUAAUAAUUAUUCAUUAAAUGAUAAGGAUAACCUUCGUCCAUCAACAGCAUAUCUUCCAUCUCAAUCAAAUCUUCUUACAUUAAAAGUAUGCAAAACGAAAUCCAAUACAAAGAAUUAUAUGUUAAUAUAUAUAUGGUCAUCUGAUACUAUAAAAAUGUUGAAAAAGAAAGUAGCGGAAGGGUUAGAAAUUUACUUGCCACUAGAAGAACUCUAUUUGGUAGUAUUUAGCAAAGAUGAUCAUGAGUGGUACACGAUUGAUGAUUCAAAUUCUUUCACUACUAUCAAUCAACUAAAAUUAAGUUCUAGCUGUAUAUUAACUGUCGAACAUAUUGCUCAACACACACUAAAAAACCGACGUCCUCUUUAUUCUACUUCAAUUUCCAAGGAUAGUGGUGAGUUAUGGUUAAGACUUUGUAAAAAACCAAUGGAUAGAACAGAUUAUAUAUAUUUAACCGUUAAUUCUUUGUCCACUCUUGGAAAAUUACGAAAACGAGCCUAUGAAGAAUUCAAUAAGUUAGCGAAGAAUCAACCUAUCUAUCGAUGGAAUCAAGAUUCCUGGAUGCUAUUUGAAUCUGAACUGGAUGAGAAGACUUUAGAUGAUCUACGUUUUGAAUCGUAUGCAUUUAUAAGUAUAGAUUAUGAUGAUAAAGAAAUCAGUUCAAAACUGCAAUUUGGUUUAUGUGGGCUUGUUAAUUUAGGCAGCACAUGUUUUAUGAAUAGUGCUUUUCAAUGUUUAAAUAACAUACCUAAGUUUAUAGAAAAAAUUUUGGAAUUAAACGAUGAAGUAAAUGCGCCAAUUAUAAGUGAAUAUAAAAACCUAGUUAAAAAAAUGUGGUCAGGAAAGUAUAACGUUAUCAAUCCAUCGUUACUUCUUAAUAAUAUUCAAGAUAAUUUACCAAAUUAUGCCAGUUAUCGACAACAAGAUGCACAAGAAUUUAUGAAUCAUUUUUUAAAUCUUAUUCAUGCUGAAUUGUCAAUGAAAACAACACUCAUUACCGAGUUAUUCUAUGGUCAACUUCAAUCAAAUGUUAAAUGUCUUGGAUGUCAACAAACUGAGAUAACUAAGGAGCCUUUUACUUUUUUACCGUUACCUAUUAUGAAUCAUAAUCAAAAGUCUGUGCUUUACAUUAAAGCGGAUGGUGAACAACGUCGAGUCUCUAUAGAAGUUAAUUCAUCUGUCAUUUCAGUCAAUGACUUGAUUGAUUGCUUUAUCAAACAACAUGAACCAUCAUUAACUAGUGAACGAAUUCGAGCUAUUCAAUUAGUCAAUAAUACGGUUAAAUAUUUAUAUGAGACCUGGGAAUCUCUUCACAACAUACGUGAAGAAGAACUGACUUUUGUAGAGCGUCCAGAGAAAACCAUUCAUCAAAAAUAUAUUUGGUGUGCCUUUGUUGAUCAUUCCACUGAUAAAGUAUUUCGUCCACCGACUCUCAUAAUUUGUCCGAAUCAGAACUGUAGUUCUCUACAUCUGUUAGAUCAAAUCGAUCAGCUUCUUGGUUAUCUUUGUUCUACUACUAAUGCACCAGCUUCUGCUUUUCAUCUAUACUGGGAAAAUCAAAAGGGAAAACGAUAUAAGUUGAAUUUAGAAGUAGAUACAGAUGAGGAUUUGCAAUACAUAACCAAUAUACAAAUCACAUUGGCUACUAAAUGGGUUGAUAUCUAUAAAAAACACUACAAUAUCAAUCAUUCAGCUGAUAAUUCAAUGUUAGUUAGUUUAUUAGCGGAUUUUUUUCGUGAAGAUUAUCUUGAUGGUGAUUAUCACUGUUUGAAAUGUUCAAAAUCUACGAUAGCUCAACAUAAAUCAUAUUUAUGCUUACCAUUACCACACGUGCUCAUUAUACAAUUAAAAAGAUUCACAUAUGGUAUCAAUUCAAAUAAAAAAAUUGAUACAUUUAUUUCAUUUCCUCUUUAUGAACUUGAUCUCAAUGAGUAUACAGUAAACGAUAAUAAUAAUCAACUUAAAAAUAAUUCAUCGACAAAAUAUGAUCUAAUUGCUGUUUCCAAUCAUACAGGUAGUCUUCUCUCUGGACAUUAUACAACAUAUGCCAAAAAUAUUAAAGAUGAAAGUUGGUAUUUAUUCGAUGAUCGAUAUGUUACAGAACUCGAUAGUGAUAAAGAUAUCGUUACUAAAAAUGCAUAUAUACUUGUUUAUGUACAAAAAACUUCAUAA